ACAGACAGCCCGCCCCCUUUGAGGGCUCUCUUUCUCUAGACGGGAAGCAGGGGCUGCAAAAAAAAAGAAAAAAAGAACUCUCUUCGUUUGCAGCUGUGGAAGUUUCUACGCUAUGACAUCAUACACGCGCUAUCGGCGACACAGAAAGGGCCAAAAUGUGAGUCCUCAACCAGCGUACACCACUUUGUUAAAGUAGGUGUUCCAGAGUGACACUUCGUUCAUCUUUCUUUGGGACAUAUUGGACGCGCCGGUGAGUGUUGCAGACUAAAAGUGGACAAAAGGGGACUUUUGCAGUGGAUGCGGACGCUCCAGCCUGCCCGCAGCGACGCACCGUGACUAAUAAGCGCCACGACCGGGAGCCUCUUGAAUUAAAUGUGUCUGGAGUGCAGACCUUAUGUAAGAAGUAGGACAAUCAUAUUAAGUGUGUGUUCCGCCAUGUGCAGGCAAGUGACGGACGCCAGUGCGUAAAAGUGGCCCGGCGACUCUUUUAGGAAAGUUUAGUAAAGAAAGGAUGGGUGAGAAUGUGGCUUCGGUGGGCGCCGACGGGAAUAGUGUCAACCUGAGCGUGCUCAACUGGGAACAAGUGCAGCGGCUGGACGCCAUCCUCACCGGCUCGAUCCCCAUCCACGGCCGCUGGAGCUUCCCCACGCUGGAGGUGAAGCCGCGCGACAUCGUCAAGGUGGUCCGCAGCCGCAUGGAGGAGAAGAGCAUCCACGUCCGGGAGGUGCGGCUCAACGGCUCGGCGGCCAGCUACGUCCUACACGAGGACAGCGGCCUCGGGUGGAAGGACCUGGACCUCAUCUUCUGCGCCGAACUCAAAGGGGAGACGGAGUUUAGGAUGGUAAAAGACUUGGUUCUGGACUGCCUGCUGGACUUCCUACCUGAGGGGGUGAACAAGGAGAAAAUCACACCCAUGACGUUAAAGGAGGCCUAUGUGCAAAAGAUGGUGAAGGUGUGCAACGACUCGGACCGCUGGAGCCUCAUCUCGCUUUCCAACAAUCGAGGCAAAAACGUGGAGCUCAAGUUUGUGGACUCCCUCCGGCGGCAAUUUGAGUUCAGUGUGGACUCGUUUCAAAUUCGCCUGGACUCACUCCUGCUCUUUUACGAGUGCUCAGAGCAUCCCAUGGCCGCCACUUUUCAUCCCACCAUCCUCGGGGAGAGUGUCUACGGAGACUUCCCUGCCGCCCUGGACCACCUGCGCAAGCGUCUCAUCUGCACCCGGAGCCCUGAGGAGAUCCGGGGCGGGGGCCUGCUAAAGUACUGCCACCUGCUGGUGCGGGGUUUCCGCGCCGCCUCCGACAAGGAGAUGAAAGUGCUUCAGCGGUACAUGUGCUCGCGCUUUUUCAUAGAUUUUCCUGACGUGGGAGAGCAGAAGCGGAAGCUGGAGUCCUAUCUGCAGAACCACUUUGUGGACCUGGAGGACAGGAAGUACGACUAUCUGGCCGUGCUGUACGACGUGGUGCAGGAGAGCACUGUGUGCCUGAUGGGCCACGAGAGGCGCCAGACCUUGGGCCUCAUCUCUUCGCUGGGGCUGCGUGUGCUGGCCGAGCAGAACGCCAUCCCCAUUGCCGCUAAUGUCACCUGCUUCUACCAACCCGCCCCAUACGUCUCCAACUGUAACUUCAGCAACUACUAUGUAGCUCAAGUCCAGCCUUUCUUCUCCUGCCCGCCCUCGCCACCCCAGCAGUACAUUCCUCCCUCCCAGCAUCCAAUGUAUGCCACCUGGCUGCCUUGUAGCUAAACCUCCUCUACUACUAUCUGUGCACACAGUGCGCUCUUGAAGAGGGCCAAUCUUACCGGUCCACCAAAUGAGGGAAGUGAGAGGGUCCGACUUAGGCCAAGCAUGACAGGAAGUGCGAAUGAGGACACGAGGAUCAAGGAGGAGCUAACAAGCUGGGGUCUUGACUGACCCAUCAGUUUUUAGGCUUUACUCACCCAUCAGACUGGACUAUUGUUUUGGUGAUAUCUCGUGGAAUGUGGACAUUUUAUCACAAAUACAAUCCAUAUCCUCUUCGAGGGCAACUAAGAGGACUUCAGGACUGAUGAUGUUAAUGUCGAGUUACUUUCUAUGCGUCACUAAGUGACUUCUUUUAAAAAUGCAAAAAUGAGGAAGUGACAGCUGUUCCUAUAUCCACAAAGGUCUACAUGAGAAACAACAAAACAAUGUGCUUUUUAUGUCUUCAAGUGCCUGGAAACAUUUUGAAAAGAAAAGGGAAAACUAUAUUUUUGUGAUUUUGUAGAAGUCUGUUCUGUUUUCAAGCUGGUAAUGAAUGUAUUGUUUACAUGUGCUGGCUUCCCACACUGAGCGACCAAGUGAUUUUCUUUUCUUGUUGUGGUCGUUGCUGCAAUAUUUAGGUUAAAGUCUUUGCUCUCAAACACGCCGAUUACCAAAGAGGAAGUAUCAACAUAGAAUUAGAACGAGAAGAGAAGCGUAUAAAAUGCUUAUACCAAUAAAUAACAGUUUGCCAGUUUCAUUUCUUAUACGAUGCAGAAUAAGGUGAAGUAGGUCAAAACCCAAUAAAAUAUUUUCGCACACUUGAAA